CGUGUCGUGUGUGCCCUGUAGUGAGAGCGUGGGGGAGGGCGUGCCCGCUACUGCGCACUAAUAGUGAAAGCCUUGGGAGGCAUCCAGCCAGCAAACAGUGGUUGUCGUCCCUGGCCGAUUUCGGCGGGGAGAUGUGAAGACCGGCGCCCUCACCCUCAAGCCGACGGGCCUCGUGCUUCGCGCUGCAGGCACAUUCAUAUCCAGUUGUUCCGACCGUGAGGUCGCCGGACCAGGGGACCGGAGUACCGGCACGACCAAGGUCGCUGGCGGCCCCUCGCCAGUCGUGCGGCCGGGUGCCCGUGGGGACGGACCAUGCCGUCGGUGGAGGAGGCCGAGGAGCCGUGCCUGUGGCUCUGGCUGCGCCUUUUCAGCGUGCCGUGUCUGGUGACGGUGGUGCUGGUCGGUACGCCGCCAGGACGCUGGUUCGUCCGUAACCGCUUCCGCUGGCCCGUCAACAACAGGAUUGGCUGGUGUCUUAAGGAGCUGCCGUCGCUGCUGAUUCCCAUCUGGCACCUGUCGGGCCAGACUGGCCCACUGCUCCGGCCACCGUUGCUGCCGCUCUCGCUGUUCGCCGCGCACUACUUCCAGCGCACGUUCAUCUACCCGCUGCGCAUGUCGGCCGACUCGGCUCGGCCGCUGCCCUACAUACUGAUGGCAGCGGCCUUCACCACCUGGAACGGCCAGCUGCAGAGCCUGGCGGCACAUCGCUGUCCGGCCGAUAGUAGCGACACCUAUACCACCUUGCACGCCGUUGGUGCUGUCAUCUUUGUGCUCGGCGCUGCGAUCAACAUCGACUCGGACCAGCGACUGCUGGCGUUGAGGAAGCCUGGUGGACCGCGCUACUGCGUGCCCCACGGUGGAUUCUUCGAGUUCGUCACGGCCGCCAACUACCUGGGCGAGAUGAUCGAGUGGUGGGGCUACGCGCUGGUGUCCUGGACACCGGCGGCACUGUUCUUCGCCCUGUUCACCACCGUGUACCUCACCGGCUGCGCGGCAGAACUGCACGAGCAGAACAAGGCUCGCUUCGGGGCUGAGUAUCCGCGCGAGCGCCGUCGGAUCGUGCCGUUCCUGUUUUGAACGUAUUUUGGCGGCCAGUGGGAUACAACAUGUGCGCUGGGAAGAGAGUUUCUUUCACAUUCCAAGGACAUAGACGAAGAAAGGUUGGUUUGGCUUUGCUCAGCGUAAUGGUGAUAACACAGAGCUGGGCAAUGAGUCACUCGCUGAAAAUAUACUUGGAAAAGUAGA